AUGACCAGCUUGCAGAGCAGAGAAGAAUACAGUGAUGAUAACUAUUCCGAGGUAAGAAAUUUACUGACAUAAUAUUAUCCUUUAAGAAUUGUGUUUGCACUGCUAUUGGUACAUAAAGAGGUUGACAGAGAAAAUGUUGAAACAGCAUAUGUGUGGAUCAAUCAGGGCCGGCCCAAGGCAUUUUGGCACCUGAGGUGAAUCAGAAAAUUGCGCCCCUCCAAGAAUCGUACCUCGGGUUAAGAACUAAAUUUCUUCUGGAGGUCUGUUCUUAACCUGAAACUGUUCUUAACCUGAGGUACCACUUUAGCUAAUGGGGCCUCCUGCUGCUGCGCACACACGCACACAACACAAUUAUAUAUUUUUUAAGACCCUUCUAUCUUCAUCUUCAGUUCACAAACAGAGAUCCAUGUCUUCCCAGCUCCCACCUGGAACAGCUCCCAUCUUUCUCAACCUCACACCCUGAGAAAAAUCAGUCUAUUCUGCCUCUCACAAAUCUCUUCUACCAAUCUUCUCUCUUUAUGUAUCUUCAUUCAUAUCAUGCUUAUAAGUUAUGUUAUUUAAUAUUAAUAAAAUACUAUCAAAAACUAAGAAAAAAGAAAGAGAAAAAAGAGGUACUUCUUCUCUUCUAUCUGUCAAUUAAAUAGAAUACAGUUAUUUCCAAUAUUUAGCAGAUACACUCCAGAAUAGCUCCUAGCUGUAGGUGGUAUACAGCUUUCUGCCAUCUGCUAAUGGUACUACUUCAAAUUCCCUUUGCAGGCUUCCAGCAUCUCCAGUUUUGACACUCAAUCGGUCUAAUAUGACUCUUCCUUUAUUGUUAUUUCCAAUUGUCCUGAAAUUAAUAUUUCUCCAAGUUCUUGUGAGAGACUUCUUUUUGUGAGUUCCAGAACAUCUCAAUAAAAUGAGAGUCUGCAUUUAUUUGCCUGUUAUUUAUUCAAUAAAUCAUAACCUCACGCUUUUCUCUCCUGGAAAAUAAGCUCCAUCUCUGAUGUUAGUCAUCAAGGUAGAAAUUAUCUAUCAGACAUUACUUAGCAGGAUGGUUUCACCUUCCUGGUGUCUGUGACAAAAGAUCUGGCCAGUUCCAGCCAGUUGGCUAUUUUUAAAAAAAAAUAUUAAGGAUUAAAUUAGGAAAGUGGACUGGUAAGAAAGCCAAGGAUAUUAGCCCACACUGGGGUAAGUGCACAGCCAAUCUGAAGGUAAGACCACUUCAGAAUGAAUUGAGUGUAGUGGUACCUUGGUUUAAGAACAGUCUGGUUUAAGAACGAUUUGGUUUACAAACUCCACAAAACCAGAAAUAGUGUCUUGGUUUGAGAACUUUACCUCAGUCUAAGAAUGGAAGCCGAAUGGUGGAAGGGCACCGGCGGUGGGAGGCCUCAUUAGGGAAAGAGCACCUCAGUUUAAGAACGGUUUUGGUUUAAGAACGGACUUCCGGAAGGGAUUAAGUUUGUAAACUGGGGUACUCGCCCUCCCCCAACUACACUUGAAGUGUUCUCACUCUCCACAGAAAAAUCUGGGACUGGCAGAGAGUCAAGACUUGGAGAGGGCCAAAGCCUAACCAGAAUCACACUUAAUUAUCAGCAUGUAACCAGUAUAUUAAUCGCCUUGAAGUUGUGUUAUUGGUUUUUUCCCUUUUAGUCUAGUGAAGACAUUAUAGAAGAAAAUCAGAGAAGCCUGAACCUUGAAGAACUGGAGGAUUGGGGGCUGAAGAACAUCAUUAAGAUGAGGACACCCACCACAAAGAAGGUGCCCAACUCAGCUGCGAAUUUGCCACUGAGGUUUGGCAGAAACUUUCAGGAGGAGAGAAGCAUCAAGCCUGCAGCAAACCUGCCUCUCCGGUUUGGAAGGGCGUCUGCCAGAAGCCUUGCUCGGCACACCCUUCCUUUGUCACAAAGAUCUGAGAGAGCUCCUUCGGUUCAAAGUUCCUUCCAUUCUCCCGCCAAUUUGCCACAAAGAUUUGGGACGUCGCUUCUCUUCACUCUGCCCCAAGUGGCCAAAGAUCCUGACCAAGGCAAUAACAAGUAAAUAAAUUUAAAUCCAUUGUUUUAUUCAAGUGCUGAACACUCUGUGGCAGCCUUCCAUGAUCUGCACAACACUUCCCACCAGCCACAGAUUGUGUGUCCAUGAUGAAGUCCAAAACAGCUGAAGGAAACCAGGUCAUAGAAAGCUGCUCUAUGUGUUAUUCAUUCAAUAAACAACUUCUAAUCCCAACCUCAUUACCAAUCUGAAUUGAUGUAAUAAUAUACCGUUAUGAAUUUGCCAGGUCAAUGUGAAUAAAGUAUUCCCUGGAAGUCCAAGUAUGUCCUUUGUGGCUUGAGAAAAUCUUAACGGACCUGCCGUCUGAACUUGAAGGAGGAAAGUAUGAUGGAGAGAGAUGUGAUAUUUUUAAAGCAAUGAGGCCACUCUGGAAGCAUCCUCUCUGGAUUUGAUAAAAAAUGAUCUUUCCUCUCCAAAGUCAAGCUCUAGAGUUGUGCCGAAAAAUUCUCCUGCAUUAUAUUUCAACCAUUCUCUAUCAAUUCCCCAUCAUCCAAUUCUCCAUCACCAAAACCCAAAAAUAAUAAUUGGACAUUUCAUAUAAUUCAAAACAUAUUUUUGGAAUGGGGUGGUGGAGAGGAUUUUUUUUUUUAAGUAUUUGAAUGGUACCCUUGAAAAGCACAUUUAAUUUGAAGAAUGAUCCAGAGGGUGGUGAAGGUGAAGGUGUAGUGUGUGUGGUGUAGUGGUUAAGAGCGGUAGACUAGUAAUCUGGGGAACUGGGUUCGCUUCCCCGCUUCUCCACAUGCAGCUGCUGGGUGACCUUGGGCUAGUCACACUUCUUUGAAGUCUCUCAGCCCUACUCACCUCACAGAGUGUUUGUUGUGGGGGAGGAAGGGAAAGGAGAAUGUUAGCCGCUUUGAGACUCCUUCAGGUAGUGAUAAAGUGGGAUAUCAAAUCCAAACUCUUCUUCUUCUUCUUCCUUUUCCUUUACAUCAAUCCACAUUUGAAUCAUUGGUGCCGCUGAAUCAUUCGUGGUUGAUUCUUUCUUUUCAGAUUUGGUCAUUUACACAAUAAUAUGAAAAGGGAAUCUGAUGAUGAAGAGGCAAGACUUUGGAAGGCUCUGGGUGAAUUUCCAUUCUAAAAGGCGAUACAACGAAAGAGAAAGAAAUGGGGCAAUUUUUUUAAAAAGCCACCAGUCUUCAAAUCAUGGUUUCCAUCAGGAGGCAUUUGUAGACUGGUGAUGGUGGCUGUUGUACUAGUUUGUUUCCAUAGCUGUGCUGCGGGUUUCAAUCUCUCUUGUACUCUGUACCAUUGGUGUCAAUUGUAAAUAGCAUAUAGUAGUAUUGUAUGUAGCUGAAAACAGUGUCAGCAAAAUAAAAAAUGUCACCACAAGAAAUCUACCUUGUAACCAAAGUGGCUGAAAAGUGAUGCAGAAAUAAACAGGUUUGGGGCUUGCUUCUAUAAAAGCUGUGCAGAAGAAAAUGUACAAAAGGAUUGGAAUAUUUUUCCUGAUUCCUGUGGAUGAAGAAAUCCAUAAAAAUAAAUAAAUAAAUGGGGGUGGGAAUGACAUGAUGCUGUGCAAUGCAAAUUUCUCUUUGGUUUUAUAGCAUAGGAGCCAAGGAAAGUAUCACUGCCUAGUAAGUGAAGCUGCAAGCAAAUUCUAGGCAGGUAACACACACAAGGAUGGCUAUCUGUAGAUUAUUUAUUAUCCAUGCAUAUAUAUUAUUCAUGAACUGGGGAGAAAGGCAGGGGAAGGACUGGAAUAAAUCAAACCUACGGGAAUGGAUUUCAGGAAGCUGCAGGAGCUCCCAACCUUCUUUGUUUCUCACACAAGUUGUGUGUUGGUGCCUAAGCCCUUUAUUUUUCAAAAGAACAAGAACACAAUACUCUUGUUAGGCUUAGGCCAAGACGUUAGAGAUGAAUCAGUGAAGAGCUGGUGGUUGUAAAGUGAGUCCAGACACCUGCAGGAUUGUGCUGCGAUUGAGUUCAAACACAAAUCAGGGCCAAACUAAACAACAUACUGCACUGUGUCACUGCUAAUAAUCUCAGAGUUUUUGGCUUUUUAAGUGUGGGAGCCCUGAUUUUCAUCAGGUCCAGGUACACGGGGAGGGAAGCUUCAACUCUUUCCUCUCCCACCAUGGUUUUGAUUGAAAUUGUCAUAAUUGUCCCCCACAAGUACCAAGAGGAAGUAUCUCUGUCAUUGGCCACCUCAGGAAUCAAAUGCUGGCAGGUAGUGGUCAGGGGUUGGACUUGUAGGGCAGAAAGUAGGAGGACCAACAUUAGGUGGCGCCAGAGCCAAUGAGAGUCAAAGCCAUCCCCUGACUGGUUGUAUAACCAAGAAAGCAGGCAGGUGGAGACUGGCUGAGGGCAGACUAAGGUUGGUGGGGCAGUGCCCCAUUUGCCAGAAUGGACUAACCUCCACCACUAGGGGAUGGGGAGUGGUGACCAGAUGUUGGAGGAGAGAGCCAUAUGUGGUGUGCCAUGUGGCCUCCCCUGCACGCCCUAAGCCUGCUGCCUUCAGCUGUAGUGGAGAACAUUGCCCUGUUCCCAGUGACUAUGAUCAUUAGAAUGUGUUUCAUUCUGUCGAAACAUAGAGAAUACAAAACAAAGCACUGGUUUAAUGAGAAUCUGGCCGUCACUCUCAGAUAUCUCCCCCUUGUUUCAAGAAGUAGCAUAAAGGGUUACUUUUCAAAGCACAAUUAGGUGAGGGUUUUCUUUUCCUUCGUUUAGUUAAACUUCCUUUAAGUACAUUCGUGGUAUUUUGGUUUUGGUAUCAAGCACUAUAUUUCACUUUUCCACGUCCAUUUUACCGAAAUAUAAUGUGCCAAAUUCAACAAUCUAAUUUUUCAUCAGAAACUGUGAAAGCAAACAAUCAGGACAAUCUCCUCUAUUGUGAUGUCAGAUACCACUGA